UCUCUGAACUUCACUUUAAUAUGCAGCUCCUUAAUUUUGUUUGUUAUCGACUUUUGCAUUUAUGAAAAGAGGCAAAUACAACAGAAAUGCUUCGGCUAUUCUUCUGUCGAUCCUGUCUCCUUCAACAAAAAUGUAGUUUCAGGAAAUUACUGGUUUUAGGCACAACAAGCGUUGUAUCCAUAGGUAGAAGGUCAGUCUUACUGAACAACACGUACAAAGGAUUUGUGAGCGUCUGCAGAGAGAGAGACGUAGAGAGGCAGGAAAGACAAACGGAAGUCAUCCGCAGGCCAUGCUUUUGAUGGUGCAAGGCUGGCUGCCUAUAGAUGGAAAAAGAAAUAAUUGGCAAGACAAGAAACCAACAAGGGUAUCGUUCAGAAGGGGGUAGAA